AUGGGUCAGGGCGCCCAGCCCAGCGAUGUCAAUGACAUGAACUCGGAGAUGGACGGGUCCUCUGGUGUUGCUGCCGCUGCUGCCACGGAGUCUGCUGCCUCGGGCUCUGUUUCAUCUUCUGCUUCAGGAUCCGCCAGAAUCACCUCCUCUGCAACCUCCAGUGCAUCUGGUUCGGACGCUAAGACUUCUGGUUCGGAGACCAAGUCUUCUGCUUCUUCCGGAUCUUCUGGUUCGGAGGCCAAGUCGUCUGGUUCGGAGGCCAAGUCCUCUGCCUCAUCAGGCUCUGCUGAAGCUUCUGCAUCCUCAGCUGCCACUUCGGGAUCCUUGUCGGCCUCCUCCUUCGACAACGCCGCCGGGUCUGUGGUCUUUGGCGCCGGCAGCUUGGCCGCUGGAAUCGCCGUUUUGCUUUUAUAA